UGUAGAGUGAAGCUAUGAGUCACACAAAGCCAAUACAAAAACUCUACAGGCGUAUGUGAGACCCAGGAGCUGCAGAACGCUUCCACGGAGCACCUGGACUUCCAGGCUUCAUUCCCUGCUGCUGCUUGGAGGAGAGGAGGAAGAAUUGAUCAAAAAGCUGCUGGAUGGACCAAGCGACAACAGUCAAGGUGAUCAGCUCAGGUGGGGGGGCUGCAGCGAGUAGCACAGGUGAUUUUUCUCUUAGCUCUGGUGGAUCAGGUGUUGCAAAAGGAGGCUCAGAAGGAGCCAGCAGCUCCCAUCGCCGUGGAUCCAAAGCCGCUAAGGACUCUGGGGGCUUCAGCAUCACCGCUGUAGAAGCUUCCUCUGGGGGGCGGUUUUUGGCCCCGGGGGCCACAGCGUCCUCAAGUAAAGGAGAGGGGUCCAAAGAGGCCAGAGGAGGAGGAUCCUCCAGCAUGUCCUACAGUUUUGGAAGCGGAGGCAGAGAAGGAAAAAAAGAAGGUGGUCUCGGUGCUGUGAGCUACUCCUUAGGAGGGACCAAGGAGGGGAGGAAGGGGUCAUCAUCCUCCGCCAUGGCCUACUCACCUGCUCCGAAGGAGAGGAGGAGCGUAACAACCAUGGCAGCUGCUCUGGCAGACGUCUUUGACGAAAGCUCGGAUUCUUCUUUGGAGUACAGCAGGAAAGAUUACGGGAGUUCAAAUGCAAUGCCGACUGCAACCUCUAGAGGGAGAACUCAAAGCAGAGAGAGUGAGAUCAGAGCCAGGCUUCAAAGCGCUUCACCGCCAGCAAGAUGGACGGAGCUGGAUGACGUGAAGCGCUUACUGAGGGGGAACUGCUCCACCAGCACCAGUCCCACUCAGUCCCCCAACAACACGCUCCCCAUUCCCAAGAAGGCCAGCGUGGAAACUAAGGCCACACCUGAGAGCUCCUCAGAGCCGUACAGCAGCGUUUGGUCAGGAGACAUGAGCAGUGGAUACAGCUUUAACACAAACCCCAACAACUUAUCCACCACCUCCCAUCUUUACCAGGCAGGUUCAGGAGUCCAGAACAACCUGACCCUCAGCGCUCCCUCUAUGAACGCCGGACAGUCUGUCAGCAGCUCCGUGUAUGGCGUGCAGAACAACCUGACUGGUCCAGCAGUUCUUUCACCCACUGGGUGCAGCUCACAGAUAGUUUAUGGAGUGCAGAAAAAUGCCCCUGGAUUAAGUUCCCCUACAGUGAGACCCAGCAGUCCGACAAGUUACGAGGCUUCAGGGAAAGACUUCAACUUUGUGCUGAUAGAGAAGGAGAAUGCUCCCGUUAAAAAGGAGAGCGAGCGGCGGGUCAUGGCUAAAGACACUGGGAAGCAGUUUGUGUCCACUGCUCCUGCUACAUUCUCAGGCACUUCCUCUGAGGACUCCCUAAAGAGGGAAAAGCAGCAGUUUUUAUCCAGCGCAGUGGAGGAAGGAACUGACGGCAAAUGUUCAACCACCAAAUCGAGCACAAAAGACAAAGCAACCUAUGCAGAGAUUCGUAAAGAUGAGUCGGGUUUUGGCUUCUGCUCCUGCUGCAGCUGGUGGAAGUGGCUGCUGGCCCUGGCACUCAGUCUGCUGCUCCUCCUAGGGCUCCUCUUCGGACUCAUCGCUUUGGGUGAGGAAGUGAGACGCCUGAAGAAACGUGUCGACGCCCUGGAAACCGUCACUGGCACUGCGUCGGCCAGCUCCAGUCGGCAGACGUCCUCCACAGGCGUCAACGUCAUCGACCCACUGGGCUCCGGAUACAAUGGAGGAACCUCAUCCGGCUCCACUCUUGGCCCAUCCGAUAACUCAAUCAACCUUGGGGCAAGCGGGCCGGGAGGAAGUGCAGGAAGUGGACCGGGUCAGGACAGCGCCGCCCUGCAGAGGAUGGUUCAUGAGAUAAUCAGCACUGAACUACGUUCAAAUGCUGUUAGAGAAACUCUUUCGUAUUCUCUAAAAGGAGAGAAAGGAGAACCAGGACCUAAAGGUGAUCCAGGGGCGCUUGGACCAAAGGGUGACAGCGGCUUUCCAGGCCUGCCAGGUCCUCCUGGGCCGAUCGGGCACUCAGGACUGGAUGGACCAAGAGGACCCAAAGGAAAUCCAGGUGAACCAGGUCCAGAAGGACAACCAGGCCAGAGGGGGCGGGAAGGACCAGUGGGCCCACGGGGAGAAGCUGGACCACCUGGAUUCGGAGUUAAAGGAGAUAAAGGAUCCCAGGGUGAACCAGGACGUCCUGGUCUUGCUGGUCUUCCUGGAGUACCUGGUCCUAAAGGUGUUGCUGGGGAGCAGGGGAUCCCUGGAGGUCAAGGUGUACCUGGUCCAAAGGGAUUCCAAGGUGAAGCUGGACCCCCGGGAGCCAAAGGGGAUCGUGGAACACCAGGUUUUCCAGGAAUUAAAGGAGAUAAUGGAGAAAGAGGCCCACGUGGACCUGCAGGAGAACCAGGAACCCCUGGACCUCAAGGCCCUGCAGGAACAAAAGGAUCUAAAGGAAGUGCCGGUGAACCUGGCUCCAUGGGACCUCCUGGUUCAAGAGGUUCACCAGGUUUUCCCGGUGAUGCCGGUCGCCAAGGACCUCCUGGUAUCCAAGGACCCCCAGGUGUUGCAGGACUCCCAGGCACGCCUGGAAGCAAAGGUGAACCAGGAUCACCUGGUAAAGUCAUCGCCCCGAUAAAUUCUGAUACUGUGGCUGUUCCUGGACCUCCAGGGCCAGCUGGACCUCCAGGUCCUGCUGGACCCCCUGGUUUAUCGGGUCCCAUUGGUCCUGCUGGUGUCCCAGGGCAACAAGGGGCAAAGGGGGAGCGAGGCGAUAAAGGAGAAAAAGGAGAUAAGGGAGACCAAGGUCAACGUGGAGAGCCAGGGGCAGGACUUCCUGGACUUCCAGGGGCUCCAGGGUCCCGGGGUGAACCUGGCCCUCAGGGUCCUCCCGGUGAGGGAAAGCAGGGUCCGCCGGGCCGCCGAGGUCCUCCAGGAGAUCCAGGCGUCGGAAAUCCAGGACCUCCAGGAGAGAAAGGAGAACCUGGCAGCUUCUUGCCAACUUCAGAAACCUUCUUUGCGGGACCCCCGGGGCCUCCAGGACCACAGGGUCCACCUGGUGAUAUAGGAGCACAAGGUUACCAAGGUGAGCCAGGUCAACCUGGUCUUCCAGGGAGUCCAGGGGAGCCAGGGUUCCCAGGCCGCCCUGGACCUCCAGGACCAAAAGGCGACCCAGGAACUGCAGGAGGUGAACCGGGAACCACGUAUAUUCCUGGACCACAGGGACCACCCGGACCACCAGGUGCACCAGGAAGUGAAGUACCCAACAUGGGCCAGUAUAUUGCUGAAUACUUCCAGGGUAACAACAUUAGGCAAUACUUGGCUGGACCUCCUGGUCCUCCUGGACCUCCUGGAGAACCUGGCUCUCCUGGUUUUUCAGAAGACGCCCUGGUGGACAGCGUUGCCAGUCGAGUUAUUUCCUAUAUCCAGAGUUCAGGUCCAAGAGCACCUGGUCCACCUGGAUCUGUCUCUGUCAGUGACAUCAUCACUCUAUUGCAGCGAGAUGAUGUGAGGGUAUACCUUACGGGUCCACCUGGGCCACCAGGACCUCCCGGAGGUCCAGGUAUCAGUGGCUACAACUUUAAUCCACAGGAGGUUGCUGAACGUGUCUUCAUUAUCUUGAAAGAGAGGGGGGUGUUGGGGACCUCUGGAGCCCCAGGACCCCCUGGUCCUCCUGGUCCUCCUGGGAACCUGAUAACAAAUGGGUUCCAGUCUCUCAUCGGCCCUCCAGGACCUCCUGGUGCUCCUGGCUUUCCCGGGCCACAAGGUCCACCAGGACCACCUGGACCACCAGGAUUUGGGAGCUAUGUUAGCUCAGAUAUCCGGGACUAUCUGGAGAGUGUUUACCUCAGAGGCCCUCCGGGACAUAAGGGAGAGCCAGGUUUGGGCAGUAGCAUUGAGUGGAGUCCGAACUCUCUUGACACCAUUAUGGCUAAAAGAGUAUCCGAUUACAUCAAAGCCCAUGGUGUACUGGAUGACAUUGUGGAGGACUACAACAGUAGGAUCUUUCAAGGUCCUCCAGGACCACCUGGGCCUCCAGGUCCUGCCUGGUUUGGUUCCCCUGGAAACACCACAAAUCUAAUGGAAAUUAUCCAAAGUCUAAAGCAUGGUCCCCCAGGACCACAGGGACCUCCAGGUCCACCAGGGGAGAUGCAGCUGUUUGGUUCUCACACAAAUGUUGUUGACAUAAUGGACUAUAUUAAAAGCCAUGGAGAGAUUGUGGGACCACCUGGCAGACCAGGACCAAAAGGAGACGCAGGACUCCCUGGACUGCCCGGAGCAAAAGGUGAACGAGGUUUUCCAGGACUUCAGGGACACAGAGGACCAAAAGGGGACAGAGGAGAUUUCUCGCUGACAACAAGAAAGAGGAGAAGCGCUGGUGUUUGAAAGGCGGGACGUUGAGCUCUCAGAUGUUUCUCCACAUUAGUUAUUGGACAUGAACUGUUUAAAGAGUUGAACUGUUUUUAUACGGCGGGGUGUUUAGGGUGCUGAUAUUUGUCAUUCAUUCUGGGCAUUUCAUUCAGUUUUCUACAAUUUGGUUUAAAACACCAAUAGAAGCCUUUUGUCUGAGAAGAAAUAUUUUAUUUACAGGAGAAUGAAAAUCAACAUGAUAGAAGCAUUUCUAAAAACUAUACAUGUAUUUAAAAAAAAAAAAGGAAAUAAUGACUGAUAUGUUUUGAGUCUGGAUUUAGGAAGCUGAGCAGUUUUUGUAUAAAUAGUUGCAGAAAAUAUUUUUCUAAAAAAAAGGUGCACAGCACUCCUUUGUUAUAUUUAUUCAACAAGUCAAAAAAGCCAAUCAGGAGAAACGAAGGAGAAGAGGAACCAAUCAGAGGUCAGAAAGGCCUAAACCAGUCAGGUCCAGUUUUUUUUUUUUUUACAUUGAUACAAAUAAAAUUGAAGAAAAGA